AUCUGAUAGACCCGAGCAAACAGCAGCAGACGCAGUUCAAGCCAUCGGUAGCAUUUUGACAUUCGCUGCACGAGAGAGCCAACCCGCUUUACGUAACUGUAAAGACGCGAAUAACGUGUUUGCCUUUCUCUAUUCGGAUUCCGCAGAAACAUUUUAUUCAUUUCAUCAGUAUGAAGCUUUGAAGAACUUGGACACAUCAGGUGUGAUAGGACUACUAAGUAGCCUAACUACUAACUGCGUGGAGCAACAACACGAAUCAUUGGAUGUACGCUACACACUGGAUGUAAUGCAUUUACUUAUCCCAAACAAUAACGUAACUCUUAUGAAAAGUAGACUUUGUGUCGGUCUGUUAUUGUGAUGCGCGCGGAUCUAGCUUUAGUAAGCGACCAUAUGCGCAGACGAGCAUCGCAGCGAAUCUACUUCCAGAUGUCCACAUCUCUCUGCUCGUAACAGGUGGAGCUCGUUUCACUCCAUCUGUCCGCUGCUGAAGUGGCAUAUAUGGGCAACCAGGUUGACAAACUGUCACACCUAAGUUACGCCGAAGUUCCCACGACUGACCCGAACGGACUGGACGCGGAGGAAGACGGCCCGCGGAUCGGGGUCUCGUACAUUUUCGCGACCGACGACGACGAACUGGACGAUAAUCAUCAUCAACAUGUCGAUGGACCGGAGCAAAAGGAGAACGAGACGCCGUACAACGAGCUGGGCUGCGCAGUUUACCACCGAGACGAGUGCAUUUACGAGAAGAGUGGCAACACUAGGGAACUGGAGACGUUUAGCCCGGAGAAUUUACUGAACAAAUGUAAGCCCGGAGACGUUCUGGAGUUCGUGUCCACCGGCCAGUACCCGCACUGGGCUGUGUACGUCGGGGACUUCCAGGUGGUGCACCUGCAUCGGGCGGAGGUCAAGAACAGUUUUCUGACCGAUGCUAGUCAGGGCAGGAGGGGCAGGAUCGUAAACGAGCUGUACAAAUUCAAACCCCUGAGUUGUGACAUGGUGGUGCAGAACGCAAUGGAGCAGGUGGGAGCGAAAGACAGAGAAUUAAGUUGGAGAAAUUCGGAGUGUUUCGCCGCCUGGUGCAAAUUCGGUAAGCGGGAGUUCAAGAUGGGAGUGGAGAUACGGAUAGGAAAACAGCCGUACAGAUUAAAGAUCCUUUUGCCUGACAAACAGUUUCAUAUUCUGGAGUUUCAGAGUUUGGAGGAUUUGAUCAUGGAAAAGAGGAGAAAUGAUCAGAUCGGUAAAGCGGCUGUUAUACAGGAGUUGGCGCAUCAUUUAAGCCAUAGCGGAAGUGAAGCGAACGUUCAUUGACAAAUGCAACAGGUAGCGGAACAACAACAUAUAGGCUAUCUGUGGUUCUCACGAAAGCCGUUCAGAACAUUUCCCCUCAAAAUCAAAAGAAAUAUAGAAGAUUUUUUAAAACUUAAAUAACUGUUUUAAGAACAGUUUUAAGAUUAUGUCAGUAGCCAUACAGCACACAAAUGAUACAGUAACUCUUCAUCAUAUCAAUGCGCCACUCCCAUUGAUGAUCUGUCAUGUCAGGGACUAUAUAAGAGAAGGAUGUCACUUAAAUAAUUUGCCAAAAAUUGUGUCCUAAUUUUUCUUUUCUUCACAAUCACCUUUAUAAAAACAGUAAAGCACUCUAUGGCAAUGUGUUAAAAAUAAUGUUACAAUGUAAAACAUUUCUAUAUGCUUCAUUUCGGCCAAAAAUGUUUUUUUUUUUCUUCUUAAUUUUGGGGCUUCGUGAGAUUCAUGACAUCACGUAUUAUGAUGGUUCAUCUGACAUUAUGACAAAUUAUGUUAGAAAAAUUUCACACUCAGUUAUUAAAAGAAUUUUAGUCAGAUGAUGGUAUUGUUUUUAAAAUGCUCUCAAGUUGUAAGCUGUUCUUUAUCAUGUAUAAUCAGGCUCUCUAUGAGUUGCAAAAUUGCCAUAACUCCUUAAAUGUGGACCUUCCUUUAUAAAAGUUUUGGCACAGAUGAAAUUGAAGCAAGUAAACUGUGACUUAAUCCACCUA